AUGGAGACCACACCUGAGAACCACAUACCUGGGACAGCGUCAACUGAGAGCUCCCCCUCUAUAACUGACACGUACACCCUCAGACCUGUCCUACUGCCCUUCUGUAUGAACAUGGGCUACAUCAGCAGUGUGUAUGGUGGAGGACAGUCCUGUCUAGCCCAGGCUGACCUCAACGUGAUGGGGUUCAUCUCUGCUCUCCACGAGCUGGCUGCAGCAGACAGGAAGUUCUACUGCAGGCUCAGAGACAUCAACAAGCGGGUGGUCAGCCCUCUACUGAGGAAAG